GAAGGGAUUGAAUAUCCAUUUGUUGUAAAACAAAAGUCUGGUUUUAGUUCUAAACCCGUUUCUCCAUGUGGAUGUUGAUCUUUUUUUUUUUUUUCCCCCUUUUCCUUAAAGGUAGGGAGUGUUUUUAGUUGUACUACAUUUUUUAAUAACUCCUAUUUGGUAUUUAAAACAUCCAUCUUUUAUUUUAUUUUUAAGGGACAUAUUUUUAAGCAAGUGUAAAAGUGAAACAUUAUCUCCCUCAUAUUCAUCAGAUCUUACUUAUCAAUUGUAUUCUGUAAACAGAUUUCCCUUCCAUUGUGUAAAAGUUUUUUUUUUUUUUUUUUUUUUUUUUUUUUAAUGCAGCAUCAGGGUCUUAGAUGAAUAUAGACUGUUUACUCUACAGAGUAAAACCAUUACUAUGCAAAAAUUCUGGGGUGUUUGCUGGUGUUAAUCAUUCCUUACUGAUAACUGUAGGGUAUUGGUGACAGAUUUUUAUUUGCAUUUGAAGUAUGGUGCUGAGCCAUAGGUGGUUGCUAAGAGUUGUCAGAUGACACUUGCUCACAUGAGAGCCAUUAAGAGGGUGUUGUAGCCAGUGUUAGAACAACCUUGCAGCUAAGGGCAAGUCAGUGCAAAAGCAACUAUGCUCUUUCUAUCAGAGGCCAUAUGGUUUGGUCUUGUGACCAAAUAAAUAAUUGCCAGCUACAUAAUCACAUACCAGGAAACAAAGGUAGUUAAAAUCAGUAUUAGCUGCUGUAUCUGCUGACUGCUUACCGGGCUUGGUGAAAAAACUCCAGCAACAGAAGCAGGAGAUAAUCUUGGAUGGGCUUUGAAAUUUGAAAGUUCCGUGUGGUAGUCUAAUUUGGGAUAAAUACUACAUCACGUUGGAUGCAAUUGUCUUCCUGAGUUAUUGGUUGGCAGAACAUGCUACUCUUGUUCUAAAAAAGAAACCCAGUGGAUUGCUACAAAAGACUUGGUUGAAUUUCUGAGAGGAAAUGUCUGUGGCUGCUGGAUGCUGAGCCAUUGUGAAGCAACUAACUUAAAGCCAUAUCUCAUAAGCCAGUGGUCAGUAUUUUCAAGAAGCUUUGGGAGAGUACAUCUGAACUAAGAAGAUGUGUGGAGGUACGCCAAAGACUGCACACAACACAGGAGGGCAAACAGAACGAGCAAGAAACAGUAAUAAUGCCUCUUGCCCACUGGGAAAUAAUAUCUCAAACACAGGAUUAGAUAAAAAGACUAAAAAAUCUUUUGUGCCAGAACAGAGCACUGAUCGUAAAAGCAGUAUCAAUACAUUGCUGCAAAACAGCUGGUCCUGUUCAGAGUUUGAUUUGAAUGAAAUCCGCCUGAUAGUUUACCAGGAUUGUGAGAGAAGAGGCAGACAGGUCUUGUUUGAUUCCAAAGCAGUCCGCAAAGUUGAUGAGGCAGCAGCUCAGAAAAUAGUAGAGGAUGCUCCGGGAAAGGCUUCUGCCAAGUGCUGCCAAACAAGCAAUGGGACCAAUAGUACUUCUUCCCACAGUUCAUCAGUGGGCUGUACACAUCACGUCAAGGACCAGCUUCCAAAGUACCAGUACACUAGACCAGCCUCGGACGUCAACAUGCUUGGAGAAAUGAUGUUUGGCUCAGUGGCAAUGAGUUACAAAGGUUCUACCUUGAAAAUCCACUACAUACGCUCUCCUCCGCAGCUUAUGAUAAGUAAAGUGUUCUCAGCUAGAGUGGGAAGCUUCAGUGGAAGCACAAAUAACUUGCAAGAUAGCUUUGAAUACAUCAACCAAGAUCCCAGUCUUGGAAAAUUGAGCUCUAAUCAAAAUGGUUUGGGCACCUGCCGUAGUGGAAGUAAUCUAGGUGUGUUACAGCUGUGUAGCAGCAAAGUGCUGCAGGGUGUAUCUGAAGGAGUUCCCCUCCGGCUCAUCCGGAGUGCUUCUUUCUUUGCAGCACAUAGCACACCCGUUGAUAUGCCUAGCAGAGGGCAAAAUGAGGACAGAGACAGCGGCAUUGCUCGGUCAGCAUCUCUGAGCAGUCUUUUGAUUACACCGUUUCCAUCACCAAGCUCCUCAUCCUCCUCUUCCAGCAGCUACCAGCGCCGCUGGCUCCGAAGUCAAACCACAAGUUUAGAAAACGGAAUUAUUCCAAGGUGGUCCACUGAAGAGACUUUUAGCAUGGCUGAUGAAAGCUGCAGUUCCAAUCCUGCUAUGAUUCGGAGGAAAAAAAUUGCCAUUAGCGUAAUUUUCUCUCUGCCUGAAAGAGAAGAUGCACAGAGGAACUUCCAGGACUUCUUUUUCUCUCACUUCCCUCUAUUUGAAUCCCAUAUGAACAAGUUAAAGAGUGCAAUUGAAAAGGCUAUGAUCCUCUGUAGAAAAAUAGCAGAAUCCAGCCUAAGAGUACAGGUUUAUAUCAACCGUGUCACGGAUGCCCUGGAAGAAUUCAGACUUACAAUCUGGAACCUAUAUUCAGUUCCAAGGAUCGCAGAACCUGUGUGGCUUACCAUGAUGUCCAGCACUUUGGAAAAGAACCAGCUAUGCCAGCGCUUUCUUAAGGAAUUUACACUUCUGAUAGAACAGAUCAACAGAAACCAGUUCUUAGCUGCUUUAUUGACUGCGGUGCUGACCUAUCACCUGGCGUGGGUCCCAACUGUAAUGCCAGUUGACCAUCCUCCCAUAAAGGCCUUCUCUGAGAAAGGCACAUCACAAUUUGUAAACCUGCUGGCAAAAUCACAUCCUUAUAACCCUCUCUGGGCACAGCUCGGUGAUCUGUAUGGAGCCAUAGGCUCUCCCGUUAGGCUGACACGGACUGUGAUUGUUGGAAAACAUAAGGAAUUAGUUCAACGUAUUCUCUACGUUCUAACAUACUUCCUACGGUGCUCUGAGCUACAGGAAAAUCAACUGGCCUGGAAUGGGAAAGUUGGAGAGGAGGAGCAACUGCUAAAUGGAAGCAAGAUCACAACUACAUUGGAAAAGGGAGAGGUUGAAGAAUCUGAUUAUGUGGUUGUCACUGUUAAGAAUGAACCUGCUCUUGUGCCUCCAAUCCUACCUCAGAAGAAUGGUGGAAAUCAAACCACUAGCACUGUGGGGUAUGACAGUAACCCAGAGAGCUCUCCUGCUCUUCCAAUGUCCUCGAAAGAAAAGAAUGAAGAAGUAACAGGAAAGGCUGAUCAGAGCUCCAGGACAUCCUGUAUUUCAUCAAAAGACUGCACAUUUGGCAGUUCUGAGUCUAAAGGAAUGGUGGAUGAUGGUAGGAAAGGGAAGGUAGUUGAUGAUAUAGGAGCUGUGUCCUACCACUUUGAAGAACAAAUUGAAUCAGAGGAUAUAACGGAUGACUUAAAGAAUAGCAACCAGGCCACAAGUGAAGUAGCAGAAAAGCCAUCUGACAGGUCAUCUGCUGUACCAUGUCCUGAGAGGUUUGUUGAUAGGAAUCCUCAUUUAGAAAGGGUCACUUUCCAGAUUGGAAGUUCUACAUCGCCAGAGUCAGAUUUAGAAACUCGCAAGAGUGACCUGGAUGAAAAUUUUAGGGCGUUCAAAAAAAAUCUACAGGUAGAAAGCUGUACUUCAAGUCCACCAAAUGUGCCUGCAGAAGCUUUCCAGAGCCAACAAGAAACUUCCAAAGCCUCCCUUAAGCCAUUACACAUUAGGCGUGAUAUCUGGUAUACACAGAUUCCAUCAUGUGACGCGAGUGCGAGUAUAUUUGAUGAAUAUUUUGCUGAGGGUAAUAAAAUUGAAAUGAAUGUAGCAAAUACUUCUACUCUGCGUGGCUUGUCAGAUGAACCACUUAAGCCAUCUGAUAACAAAAUAGAAACUGCAAAAACAGAAAUCUUGGAGGAAGCUAGAACCCUGUGCUCCAAGAAUGGGGGCGUCCAUUCAAUUGACUCUGUUAAAACCAGUUCUGACGUACAGGACUCUGGCCAAGUAGUCACUGAAGAUGUCCCCUAUGGGGAUGCUGGAAGGAAAAUCCCCUUCCGAAUCGAAGGGGAUAUUCCUAGGAAUGAGAGUUCAGAUAGUGCACUUGGAGACAGCGACGACGAUAGUGCUUCAUGUAUCUCUGAUCUACACCCUCGAGGCCAUGUCCGCAAUAGGCAUGAAGAAUUUACAGAAGUAGAACUUCCUUUACCAAGAUUCAACAUAAUCAGCAGUCCAAGUGUGAAAAACUUUGGAAGGUCACUUCUCGGUGGUUACUGUCCCACAUACAUGCCUGAUCUGGUACUGCAUGGAAUAAGUAAUGAUGAAAAACUCAAGCAGUGGUUACCAGCAGAUCUGCUUCAUGCAGUGCAUCAUCCAGUACUAGAUGAGCCCAUAGCAGAAGCUGUCUGCAUUAUUGCCGAUACGGAUAAAUGGAAUGUACAGGUGGCUACAAGCCAGAGAAAGAUGAUGGACAAUAUGAAGCUAGGCAAAGAUGUCUUAGUCUCCAGUCAAGUGUCCAGUUUGCUGCAGUCCACUUUACAGCUUUACAAACUCAACCUCCCAGCUGACUUCUGCAUAAUGCACCUUGAGGAUAGGCUACAGGAGAUGUACCUCAAAAGCAAAAUGCUCUCGGAAUACCUGCGAGGACAUACAAGAGUUCAUGUAAAAGAGCUAGGAAUUGUAUUGGGGAUUGAAUCCAAUGACCUGCCUUUGUUGGCUGCUAUCGCAAGCACUCACUCCCCGUAUGUUGCUCAAAUACUCUUAUAAGUUAAAAUCUCAGAAUAGUCAUCCCCUGAACAAACUACAGGAGUCUUGAAUGAAGAACAGACAUGCCAAGCACCGGUAAAGGGGAACAGUGAGGGGAGCAGGUGAUGACACUGCAUUCCAACACCUUUUGAUUCUACUUUCAGCUGGACGCUUUAUCUAAAGACUUCAGUUUACAUACUGUAAAAGGCAUUCAGGUUGUUUUUUUUUUUUUUACACUCUCACCUCUGAGUUAACGAAUCAUGAAGGUAAAUGCAUCCUUGCCGUCUUUUUAAAUGACCGCGAACUACAGCGAACACUGAACUGUCAGCAGAAAACACUGCUUAAAGUAAACCAUGAAGUGGCAGUAAAAAGAACACGUGGAAUAGGAUGGUUCUUCUAAGACUGCACUUGAGAUCUCAUAGUGUUUUGUGCGCUUCUUUGGUUGCGGAGCUGGAGUUGUAAACUAUGUAAAUAGCAUUCCUAUACAGAGGUGCGUGGAUGGAUAUGAAGUUUUGCAGAACACAAACAUCCUUUUGUAUUGUAAUAGUGGCCGGCUCAAAACAAGAAACUUGGACUCAGCAGCUGAGUUAUGUGGUGUGUUUGAGGUUUAUUGUUUUUUUUUUUUUUUUUUUUAAGGAUGAAAGGAAGCUGCAGCUGCAUCUAGUUUUACUGAUGAGGAAACAGAAUGAGCUCAGAUUAUAAUUAGUGCCACCCCAACAUUAGGAUGAAGAAGGCUUUUUGAGAGAGGAGGAUUUUUUAGGAAGCCUUAUGGAAUUUCUACUACAAGUUUACAUUGUUGCAUUUGCAACAUUAAUAGAUUUUUGAGUUUCUGUAUGACCUGUAAAAUUGGAAAUUGGUCCUAAGUCUUAAUGGAAUUAGAUAUUGCCAUCUGAGAUAUUUCUGUUUAACAAGCUAACGUACAAUAUGUUACCAAAUGUGUUAGAGUGUGUGUGUGUGUGUGUGUGUGUGUGUGUGUGUGCAUACAACAACCAAUUGGCAUAAACUCAACAAAAGUUUAUUUAAAAAAAAAAAUCAGUGGUCAAAUGCAUCGCUACUAUUUGGAGAUGACUCUUCAUUCACAUUGAAAGUAGAGGCUGUUUUAAGUGAAACAGAGAGGACAAUGACAAGCCUGGACAUCCAUGAUUUAUUAGAAUGAACAUUCACAAACAUCUACUAUGAUGCUACAGAACUUUUGCACUAUCAUCUCAAUGCCUUCUGAUCUAUUAAGGACUAACUGCUUUGAGGAAGAAACUUGCCCAUUAGGUCAAAUAGUUCAUAGCACCAGUCUCUAUUGUUCCAUACAAUAGUAUACAAUUAUCUAAAAUUCUCUGCUCAUAGGCACAGUUAACGUCACAUGCAAUGUAUACACAGCAAGGUACAAAGUUACAUUUUUUCAUCAAACACUAUUUAGCAGCAUAUGAAACUAUUUAGACCAAGAAAGGGCAAAAGGAAAUAAAAAUAUUAUUUUCAAAGAAAGGAAGCGAGAGUCAAGGAACCCACCCAAGCAGAGUGUUAGACUAUCAAACAUUCUGUGGAAACACAGACAUGAGUAGUAUAGGGCACUUUUGGCACGUGAUAUCAAGCUGUCUAAAUGCUUGUUUAGAAACAUGAACUCUUUCUACUAGAAUCAUUACUGCCUGCUAGGAUUCAUUAAUUGGCUCACUGACCCAUCCUUUCUGGUGAUUCCAGAAUUCCCAGUAUUGGAGGGACCCAUUUAAGCACAGUUUCAGUUUAUACUGCCCUGAUAAUUGGGUUUUCUAAAGAGAAUCUUCAAUAAUUAAAAUGAGAAAAGGUGAGUAUUAUGGGGGUUUUCAUUUUGUUCUAAAUGUGACAAAGAAUUGCCCUUAAAUCUUGUUAGUCAGUCUCUCUCUCUCUGAGAGGAACGUGCAGAUUUACCAUGAGAAAUUUCUGUGCAGGUUUGUUUGUCCAAGUUGAAGGACUCUUAAUUUCCAGGUAUGAUUUCUAAACAGAUACGCUUGUUUUAAGAUUUUGUUUCUCCAAUCUAACAUUCCAGGAAUCUCCUUUUGCAUAGUACUUACAUAGUGUGUCUACCCAGCAAUGAAACACCCAUGGAUGGCCCAUGUCAGCUAACUCAGUUUGCAGGUAUAUAAAAUUGCAGAGUAUACUUUCAGGCUUGGGUUGGAGCAUGGACUGUGGAACACCUCCUCAUGGGGUCCAAGAGGCCGUGCUUCACCCCAAGCCCAAAUGUCUACACUGCAAUAUUGACCUGGGCCAGUCAAGGGUGUUUAAUUGCACUGUAGACAUUUAGUCCUUUUUCCCAAUGUGCUCUUCAGAAUGGCUACAAUCUUCCUGAGGUUUGGGUUAUCUCUUAUUACUGAUGCAUGAAGAAAUCUGCUUGCCCUGAUUUGGUUCCCCUGAGCUGCUUUGACCUCCACUUCAUGGUUUGCUUGAAACCAAAUGACACAACCAGUGCACCUGUUGUCAAACUUCCCCGCUCCGCUUAGUAAGUGUAUAGGUGUGUGUAAUGACUUCCCUUGUAAGUAUGCAUGAAUUCUGUAUUUUAUUCAUUCUCGUUACUUCAUUCCCUGCAGUUUUUUCAGAGUAAUUUAGUUUGUCUAGUUCCUGUUUAUGUUCAACAAAAAAUGGCUUGUCUUGCUUCCAUCUGAACUGAGUUGAGUCCCAGUUUGCAGAGAGAUGCCUGCAAGCGGACCUCUGUAUCCACAUGGAGCCCCAUUGAAGGCAAGUCAACCUGCACACGUCAUGUUGCAGGAUUAGAACCUUGAUCAGAAGUCCUUAAUAUAUUACUUACCCCCAACAAAUGCUGCUGUUUGAUAAAAUUGUACAUUAAUUUAAGAUGUAUGAAUUGAUGAUUCAAAUGCGCUCGACUUUUCUUCAGCCCAAUAUAAAAUCUUUACAGUGUAGUUAUUGCCCUUUAUAUAACUCUUUGCUGCGCUUCACAAAUUACACAAUGAGACUGCCCUAUUUUUGGUCUCAAAUUUCAUUUCUAAAAUUAAGGUUUGUAUAAUUCAUUUUAAAAAAAUGUUGGCAUUAGUCUAAAGAAACUUAAAUAUUUCUUCCUUCCACCAAAUAUACUACCUCAAUUGACAGGAUAUUACCUUCAGGGCUUCAACUUUGUAAGGCUUACCUGUUGAACGUUUUUGUAGCAUCUUGCUGGUUGGGCAAGUUACUGUGGCAUGACAGAGCAGAAAGUAUGUACAAAUGUUGUUGUGUUAGACAUCUUAUAGCAUGUUUCAGUUUUAUUUUUUUAAUAGAAUGAAAAGUGGAAUGAAUGUACAGGAAAAAUGUUUAAAACUUACAGUGAAAUAAAAAUAUAGCUUAAAUCUUCAAGAUUCCAAAGCUUUUUUUAUUUUUAUCAGUAUUAUAAUCUUUUGUAAACUUCUUAAUACAUAUUUUUCUUGGUUUUUCAAGUGAGGCUGAGUAAUCUUUCAAAACCCUACAGAAAUGCAGUUUACACAUUCCAAUGUAAAAAAAGUACACUCUUCAGAUUAAAUUAAACGUUUACAAACCUGGGAGAGAAAUGCCAAUACAGGUGAACACUAAGCUGUAGGACUGCAUAAAAUUAAGUCUCUUAAUCUAAAGCAGUUGCAGUAAGAGUUAAACAUUUUAAUCUAGUUUAUAGCUUCCCAAAUUAUUAAUGAAUCUUCACUAUAGUUCUUUUGCCUCAAAUAUAUGAAUAUAUACUUUUAAUUCUGUGUGUGUUUCAUAGCUAUAAUUUGGAGGACAAAAUUAUAAAUAAGUUGUUUUGCUUGUAUAUUUUCACUCUUGAAAGUGAAAAGCCCUUUUUCAAAAUACCAAACUGUUGUAUGUAAAGGUGACACAACUUGGUCACUAUCUAAAGCAAAAUUUCCCUCUCCCCGCCCUCCUCUCUUGACUUAAAAGGACUCAAAUCAGAAUUGAGUCUAAACUGCCAAUUAUACGCUAUACAUUAGCUACUCCAGUUAAAUGGAUUAAAAUGAGAUACAUAACUGGUUAUCCAUACUAGAAGCAAAUCUGAUUGUGUUGCUAUUGCAUGUUUUAUGAAAGGAUUUCCAUUUUUUAGGAUUGACUGAAUGGGUACCAGUAUCAAACUGUGUGGAAAUUUUUUUCUUACUGCUGUUUAUGUACAGUAUAAUUUUGGUCUAUUUCUUUGCGAAAUUUGGUGCAAUAAACUCUUUGAAUUC